GUUUAUUCAUCAGGUGUGUCAGAGCUCCAGCAGCUGCUUUUUAAAACAUGUAUCAGCUCUGGCUUAGAGUCAGGAGCAUCACCUGUCCUCCCCACUGAAAUCUACCCCGCUGGACAUCAUUUAUGUCACAACUGAAGGUGAUUUAACUCAUCUUCAAAGCCAUUAAGAAGAAAACAUGCAGGGACGCGUGUCCAGUCUUUUCUUCUUCCUCCUCCCUGAGCUUCUGCGUUCGAAAUAUUCAAGCCUGCAAAUUACGAAUGUCGUCCCUGUGUUUGAGCCGAGGUCCUGGGCGGCGGCUCAAAGAUACUGCAGACAAGACUACACUGACCUGGCCUCCUUACUAAAUACAUCCCAAUACAGCAAGGUUGACCCGUACGAGGGCUGGAUCGGGUUCUUCAUGACGUCCAGUGAGGAGUGGAAGUGGAGCGUAGAUUCUGAUGACCUACCUGCCAGUGAUGUUGACUGGUGUCUAUUUAAGAACCUGUUAACCUGGGAAGUGGACGAUUGCAGCCAGCAGCACCCCUUCCUGUGUGAGGAUGACCGGCUGAUCCUGGUUCAGGAGGCCACGUCCUGGGAGGAGGCUCUGCGCUACUGCAGAGCUCUGCAGGCCGUGGGACCGACUCGGGCUCGGACCACAUCCGCCUAUGACCUGGUCAGCCUGCCGGACCCCAUCAACAUCCUGCUGAACGUAGACGCAGCGACUCAGGAGGUGUGGGUCGGACUGCGGUUCCUUGCUGAUGAGUGGAUGUGGCUGAGCGGGGACCCGGUGACCAUCCCCGAUCUCCCCGACUGUCCUGACCAGAAUCAGCGCUGUGGAGCCCUGGAUCCCAAUAACUCUGAGUGGAAGACGCUCGACUGCUCUGAGAGGAGAAGCUUCAUUUGCAGCACAUACACUAAACACAGUGAGAGGAAAGAGUUCUAAACUUUGACGUCUUGAAUCUUGACAGACAAUCAUUUGCCAUUAUUCAUAUAAAUAUGAAUGGUGUCUCUGUGCUUCAUUUUGAAUUAACCUGGACAUUUUGAGUCCUGGAUGCUAAAUACUGUAGCUGCGACCAAUCACGAACAACCUGAUAAUUUUUAAUAAGUUCUUUAUAUUUCUUACUCUGAAUCAAGAUUAUAUGACAUCAGGUGACAUCACCUGUAACAUUUCUGCCACCUGUAGUCUUCUUUAUUUCCACACUGUUCUCUGACUAAUGAAUACAUUACUGUAAGUGGAUGAGACCAGGUCUAAGAUUAACUGGAAUUAUAUUACUCAUUAUUUGUUUUUUGUUUGUACACAAUGCUUCUGACAGUAAGAACACGUAAGAACACGUCUAACUGGAUUGAGCACAGCUAGAGAUGAUACAAUCCGGGAAAUAAGAUGAACUGAAACAUACUGUAUGAAUGGAGUUAUAUGAAUUUAUAGUUUGGCAGCAGAUAAACACAUAAUAAAUGA